UGCCUUCAAUUGGGUCAAUUUGUGUUUCAUAUAAAGAUCAUGGAUAGGGAAAUCUGGGAGGUUAACUACUUUUUGCCACCUAUCUUUCGUGAGAUUGGCUGGGAUGAUGAAGACUAUAUACAUGUUCAAGUUGAUAGUGAUGCAGAUGAGCUUAAUGAAGAGUUUUAUUUUACACUGAAAAUGUCUCAUGUGGUCAGCAAUAGGAAGGUUCUUCCUGCUGCUUUGAUCAGGUUUUCUAUGCUGCAUAUGAAGCCAAGUUGUUGUGUGUUGAGGGAUGAAUUCAGUAGGAGGUACUUUUUCUCUCUCUAUAUUGACACACUAGGAGAGUUAACGAAGGCCAUUUUAGAAGAGGAUGGAUUGAAUUUAUUCAAUCAAAUGACUGGUUAUGGGGGAUGUGGUUUACAUGGGGAUAGACAAGAGGGAUCCAACUGUGAUUCACAUUGGGAAGGUUAAUCCAUAUGAAUAGUUGGAAUUAAGUAGUAUAAUACUUUGUAUAAGGAUUAAUUUUGCAACUUGGGGCUAUCAUGUUUCAAAAAGGCUUUUCUAUUCAUGCCAAAUUAGA